AUGUAUAGAACACUGCAGUUCUUUGUCUCAUGUAUAUCUCGUUCACAAUCACGGAACCAAUGUAAGAAGAAUUGCCAUGGAUUUAAUGACCAUGUCUUGAGUGAAAAAUCACACUGGAUCUCUCAGUACGAAACACAGAGCAUUAAACCUGUUGACUGGCUGGCUCCAGCUGAAAUCAUUGCCGAUCAUGUGAUCAGUAAAGUGGGAGCAUUGUCGACCGGAAAGGAAAAGCCUUUAAUACGCCUUUUGGACGUUGGGUGCGGGACCUCCCAUGUGCCCCAUCGCCUCCUUCAGGAUCUACCUCAUCCCUUACACCUCGUUUGUCUCGAUUACGUCCCUGGUGCAGCUCGCUGGCAAAGUGAAGUGCUUACAAAAAUUACGCCGGCUAAUAAACUGUCGAUACACACCUGUAUUACUGGCGAUGUACGUGCAUUACCCUUUAGAGAUGAUAAUUUCCACGUGAUCUUGGACAAAGGGACACUAGACUCGCUGCUGAAGGACAGAGAUCGGGCACUUCCGUCCUGUGAUAAGAUGUUAAGCGAAUGUCUUAGGACGCUCCGUCCUGGAGGAGUCUUACUACAGAUUACAGAUGAAGAUCCGGAUUUACGAAUACAGCUAUUGGAGGAGACGUUUUCCCGGAUCAAAGUCAAGGCACAUGUUUCUUAUAGCCAGGUCGACACGCAUGGCCACGAGUGUUUUAUGUACGUUUUGUCACUUUGAUUCAAAAUUGACUUGACGCGAUAACGCAAUGUUAGAAAUAGUUGACAAGGCCAAUAAUAGAAGUUCAUUUAUCCUCGACCUAGUCUCCUUACUUGUAAUUAAGCCAACUGUCGUUUGUUUAAGUUACUACUGUUGGCCUAUUUAGUGUAUAUAUCACGAGAACUCUGCAAUGCACUAGACAGGAGUUGGGCUUUUCGGGACCUUGUCACUCGGCAUGACUUCUUCUUGAGUUCUAGCUGUGGUGAUCGUGAAAUAGUGUUGUUAUUUAUCAAGGUCUCUCAUAACUCCAAUAUGGCGCAGAGAACUGCCAACUUUUCUCCAGUUCCACACUGGUGCAAAUGAACUGAAAUUUCGUUGAAUUGUUGGGAGACUGAAAUGAAUAGUUUCUAUAAUCAUAAUUGUUUCUAAUCAUUUUGUUCACACCUUCACUAUUGCUAACAAGUGUAAAAGAUCUUUACAAUGAGAUGAACA